AUUGUUGAUUCAUCGAAGAGCAAUAUGCCCUCUAAUUUUGAAGUAGAAUGGACAAACCUUCCACGUCAAUGUCAAGGAAAUUUAACCAUUCAAAAAGUAGUUGACUGGAAUAGAAACUCAUCUUUCAUUGGCUCUGCACCAGCAAUACCAAGUAGAGAAUGUCAUUAUUAUUGUCAUACGCGAUGGCGCUUCGAUAAAGAACUCGAGCCAUGUACUACCUAUAAACUUAAUUUAGGCUUAUUCGCUCAGGAGAUUACUACGCUUCCGGAUUUUUCUGGAGGUAUAGUCAAUAACAUGACUAUCCGAUCUCGAAUCGAUCCGAUCGAAGUUCCAGAGAGCCCUGACGAGCCUGCUACGCUAGUCAUCAGUUGGGAUCAUCCACACUGUCAGAAAACUAAGGACCUUCAAUGGAAAAUUUCGAUCAAGAAAUCUCUCUCAAACACAACAAUUGUGAAACCAAUUUCAAAUCUCGGAAAUAGUUUUAAAUAUGCUGGCGUAAAAGCAUGCGAAACAUAUAUUUUUGCUAUACUAACAGUAUUUGAGAAUGGAAGUACUCUUUAUUCAACCGAAGAAAAGAAUUUUCAAGCUGACUGUUCUACUGUGAAGCUUCUUGUGCCAAUCAGCGUGAUUGCCGGUUUAUUGCUGAUUGCAAUCACAAUCGCAUUAUUCCUUUGUAGAAAGCGGAAAAAAAUGGAUGCUCUGGAAAAGGAGUCUGAACAUAAUGUCAACAAACGGACAUCGAUUGAAAGCCGAGACCGAGCGCCGUCAAUGAACCAUAGUAAAUUUCCUUCGUUUAACCAUAACAGGAUAUCCUGUGCCAGCCGAAACAGCUGUAAUAGUCGCAAUAGCUCCAGCGAAUAUGCUGAAAUGGACCUAGAUUAUUUGCCUCAAAUGACAAAACGGCCGUUGAACAUACGCGAUAUUUGUUCGUUUGACGUUGGACAAGCUCGAAUGGAAUUCUUUUUAAUCAAUAAAUUGGCAGAAAAAGAAACCAAAAGGUUGCCGCGCACCAUCGCUGAACGGCCCGAAAAUAAAAUGAAGAACAGAUUUUUAAAUACCCACCCUUAUGAUUUUAAUCGAGUCCUACUCUCCCAUUCUGGAGACGAUCAAAACGACGGAUACAUCAACGCUUCUUUCAUUCCGGGGUUUGCUGAAAAAGAAAAGGAAUACAUUGCCGCUCAAGGUCCAAAGGAUAAUACUUUAGUCGAUUUCUGGCAAAUGAUUUUGGAGCAAGAUGUAAGGUUGAUCGCUAUGGUGACUUCUCUUUACGAAUGUGGCAAGAAAAAGUGUGAAAAAUACUGGCCAGGCGAAGAUGAGUUGGUGAUUUAUGGUGGUGACACUCAAUUAGAACUCUUGCAAGAGACGACGUACUCAUUUUACACAAUACGGAAUAUCCUUGUCACAAAAGCCCCAGAUCUUAAGCGAGAGAUCCAACAGUUUCAUUUUACCGCUUGGCCGGAUUUUGAGACGCCUGAUCAGCCGGAAGAAUUGAUCCGAUUUAUUGAAAUCGUCCGCAGACAAGCUAGACAGUUGAAUUUAUCCUCGCCCAUCGUUGUUCAUUGCAGCGCGGGAGUUGGUAGAACAGGAACAUUCAUAGCUCUUGAUUAUCUAAUCCAGCAAGUACUUAUAACUGAUCUAGUUGACAUUCCAAGGACAGUUCGUCAUCUGAGACGCUUACGCUUGUCCAUGGUUCAAUCAGAGGCACAAUAUGUUUUCCUGUACUCCUGCAUUGCUCAUUAUGUCAAGACAAGACUGAGUGCUGAGUCAGGCUAAAGAAAAAAGAUACACAAAAAAACACUCCGAAAAUAUCUGUUAUAUAAUAUCUGCGAAAAUAUUUAUUUCGCUUUAUUACAAAUUUGGUUGAAAACUGUGUGAGCUGUAAUAUACAGUGAUUCCAUAAUCUAA